AUGCGACGGUUCUCCCCGUCAUCACAAGAAGAAGGUUCGCCGUCCCUGACUCUGAGUGGCCACGAUUGUGAUUUGGCGGAGAUCACAAACGGCUUCAUUCACGGCGGGCCUCUCGACAUCUCACCCCCACAAUCUCCAGAUAUAUUUAGGAGUCUAUUGAAAGAGCCCUUCAUCGUGGAGAUGGGCGCCUCCCCACAUCAAACCACUUCUCCUCCGGAAAGCGUAAAGAAAGCCACAAAGCCUGGUAGACAGCGAUCUCUGAAUGAGUCAGGGUCUAAUCAUGCGUCGAACUGGUCAUACCAGGACGACCAGGUGCUCAUAAAUGCUCGGGCCAGGGGCCAAGGAUGGAGUCAAAUACAGAAGGACCAUUUUCAGAACAAGACGGCGAACGCUUGCCGAAAGAGGCACGAGCGUCUCGUUGCUAAACGAAGGGGUACAGAGUGGAAUCAGGAGAUGCUUGAAAAGUUAUCGACUGAAUAUAGUCGACGUCGGGAACAGAUCUGGCAGCCACUGGCAAAUGCUAUUGGUGAGAAGUGGCAGGAUGUCGAAAAGGCUUGCUUCGAGAAAGGAUUGAAGUCAUUGAUUACACAGCCCCGCUCUCAACGAGGGAGAGAUAUCCUCCAUACGCAAGUUCAACCGAGCAAUAUCUCAAAACCAAACAGUGACGAGUAUCCCCGUCAGACCAGCUUGCUUCCUCUCAAAGACAUCCUGGCACCCGAUUAA